AUCCCAAAGCAGGUGAUGCAGAGUGAGGACCAGCCUGCUGACAGAGUCCGACUUCCCAAGAGCCUGUUUGGAGCCCUCCUGCCUGGCAACAGGUCUGCUGUCCGGUUGGCCAUAACUAUUCUGAACAUUAGUGAAGGGGAUGUCUUCAAGGGCCCCAAGCUCCUCCAGGAAAAUAGUGGCAGUGUGUUGAACAGCCGCAUGGUGGGCUUGAGUGUGGGCCAGAUGCAUGCCACUGGACUGUCGGAGCCGGUAGAGAUCACCUUUUCCCACCAGCACCAACCACCUAAUAUGAGCCUCACUUGUGUAUUCUGGGAUGUGGCUAAAGGUAGCAUAGGAAACUGGGAUACCCAAGGCUGCUCCACAGAGCCCGGGCUUGAGAGGACUGUCUGCCGCUGUGACCACUUGACCUUCUUUGCCUUACUGCUGAGGCCGACCUUGGACCUGGCCACAGCACAGACUCUCACUCACAUUUCCCAAGCAGGCUGUGGAGUCUCCAUGAUCUUCCUGGCCUUCACCAUCGUUCUCUAUGUUACCCUCAGGCUCUCUCUGCAGAGGUUCAAGUCUGAAGAUGCCCCUAAGAUCCACAUAGCUCUGAGCAGCAGCCUGUUUCUCCUGAAUCUUACCUUCUUGAUCAGCGUGGGGAGCAGCUCUCAAGGUCCUCCAGCUUCCUGCUGGUUCCGAGCUGCCAUCUUCCACUACUUCCUGCUGUGUGUCUUCACUUGGAUGGGCCUGGAGGCCUUCCACCUCUACCUGCUGGCCAUCAGGGUCUUCAAUACUUACUUUGGACACUAUUUCCUGAAGCUGAGCCUGCUGGGCUGGGGCCUGCCUGCUCUUAUGGUUAUUGGAACUGGGAGUAGCAAUAGUUACGGUGUUUACACUAUUCGAGACCAGGAGAACCGCACCUCACUGGAGCUGUGCUGGUUCCAGAAAGAGCCCGCCCUUUAUGCUACUGUCCACGCCUACUUCCUUGUCAGCUUCCUCUUUGGAGCUGUGGUGCUGGCUUUGGUGGCCUGGAACAUCUUCACACUGCCCAGUGCCACAGCGGGCAAAGAACAGGGCCAGACCUGGAAGUCGGUCUUCACUGUUCUGGGCCUCUCAAGCCUGGUGGGCAUGACGUGGGGGCUGGCUGUUCUCACACCCCUGGGCUUGUCCACCAUCUACAUCUUUGCCCUCUUCAACUCCCUGCAAGGAGUCUUCAUCUUCGGCUGGUUCACCAUCCUCUACUUCCCAAGGAAGAGCACCACAGUCUCCUCCUCUGGCACUGCCCGCAUGGACCAGGCCCACUCCGCGUCACAGGAGUAG